CAUCAUCAACAUUAUUCCUGUAAAUUAGCAGCUCUCACACUCUCGUACAGGAGCUUCAAAAGCAUGGCUGCCUGAUUGAUUCCUCCGUCACCGUUGAAUUUGCGACGAUGACAUCCAUAACUUCCGUUGAGUUAAAUUAUAUGAUUUUCCGUUAUCUUCAAGAAUCCGGGUUUACACACUCCGCCUUUGCUUUAGGAUAUGAGGCUGGAAUCAAUAAGUGCCCCAUAGAUGGCAAUUUAGUUCCACCGAGUGCUCUCAUUACCUUUGUGCAGAAAGGGCUACAGUACUUGGAAAUGGAAGCUAACUUGAAUAAUAGUGAUGCUGAUAUGGAUGAAGAUUUCUCAUUUAUACAGCCUAUGGAUCUUAUCACUAAGGAUGUGAACGAAUUGCGACGAAUGGUUAAAGAAAAGAGGAGAAGUUCUAGGAAGGAUAAGGAGAAAGAAUCUGAAAAGGAUCGUGAUAGAGAACGAAAGCGAGGAAGAGAUAAUAGGAGGUUAGAUAGGGAGAAAGAUCAUGUUAAGGAUGGAGAAGGAAAAGAGAAGGAUGAAAAAGCAAUGAGAGAGAAGGACGAAAAAGCUGCGAGAGAGAAGGACGAAAAAGCUGCAAGAGAGAAGGAAGAAAAACUUGUGAGAGAGAAGGAUGAAAAAGCUGUGAGAGAGAAGGACGAAAAAGCUGCAAGAGAGAAGGAAGAAAAAACUGCAAGAGAGAAGGAAGAGAAAGCUGCAAGAGAGAAGGAGGAAAAGGCUGCAAGAGACAGGGACGAAAAAUCUGCGAGAGAGAAGGAUGGAAAAGCUUUAAAAGAGAAGGAUGAAAAAUCUGGGAAAGAGAAGGAAGAAAAAGCAGGGAAAGAGAAGGAAGAGAAAGCUGGAAAAGAGAAAGAGGAAAAAGCUGGAAAAGUAAAGGAUGAAAAAUCUGGGAAAGAGAGGGAAGAAAAAGCAGUGAAAGAGAAGGAAGAAAAUGUUGGGAAAGAUAGGGAAGAGAAAUCUAUCAAAGAGGAGGAGGAAAAACCCAAGUUACAAGAUGUGCCUUCUGAUAUGGAAACAGUUGUUGAGCGAGAGGAGAAGCCUGCCAUCAAAUAUGAAGAGAAUAGAGUUUGUCCUGAUCCUGAGCCCAUGGAUAUCUCUCCAUCAUCACCUUCCAUGGAGUGUGAAAUUUCUACUUCAGAUGUGACAAUAUUAGAGGGCCACACAUCCGAGGUUUGCGCAUGUGCAUGGAGCCCUUCUGGUUCACUUCUUGCAUCUGGGUCUGGGGAUUCAACAGCUCGGAUUUGGCCUAUGUCUGAGAGAGGUUUUGGAUCACACAAUGGAUCCACCAAUGUCGUGGUGUUGAAGCAUGUUAAGGGGAAAACAAGUGAGAAAAGCAAAGAUGUUACUACUCUUGAUUGGAAUGGGGAGGGUACCCUUCUCGCCACAGGAUCUUAUGAUGGCCAGGCAAGAAUUUGGAACACAAAUGGUGAACUGAAGAGUACACUAAGUAGACACAAGGGGCCAAUAUUUUCUUUGAAAUGGAACAAGAAGGGUGAUUAUCUUCUUACGGGAAGCUGUGAUAAAACAGCCAUUGUGUGGGAUGUGAAGGCAGGAGAGCCGAAGCAACAGUUUGAGUUUCAUACAGGUCCGACCUUGGAUGUUGACUGGCGAAAUAAUGUUUCUUUUGCAACAAGUUCUACAGAUAACAUGAUAUAUGUAUGCAAAGUUGGGGACAGCAGUCCUGUUAAAACCUUUGCAGGCCAUCAGGGUGAAGUUAACUGUGUCAAAUGGGACCCCACGGGGACACUAUUGGCCUCUUGCUCAGAUGAUAGCACUGCAAAGGUAUGGAGUAUGAAGGAGGAUGGUUUUGUUCACGAUUUGAAAGAUCAUUCAAAGGAGAUUUACACUAUUAGGUGGAGCCCUACUGGUUCAGGAACAAAUAACCCCAACCAGCAGUUGGUUCUGGCCAGUGCAUCUUUUGACUCCACUGUGAAACUAUGGGAUGUGGAGCUUGGAAAACUACUGCGUAGCUUGGAUGGUCACAAGGAAGCUGUAUACUCUCUUGCAUUCAGUCCUGAUGGUGAAUAUUUAGCAAGCGGAUCUUUGGAUAGAUCGUUGCACGUUUGGUCCCUUAAAGAAGGGAAGAUUGUAAAGACAUACUCUGGAAAUGGGGGCAUAUUUGAAGUAUGUUGGAAUAAGGAAGGUGACAAAAUUGCUGCAUGUUUCGCCAACAAUACUGUAUGUGUUCUGGAUUUCAGAAUGUAGCAUGCAUGAAACUCUACCAAGUUGCCAGGGUUUCACCUCUUGGUUUAGCUUAGAAUGUACUUUGAAUUCUUUCGUAGUUUGGGGUUAGGAUUAGCUGCUCAUUAGUUCUGUAGAUCUGGUUCAGCAAUGUACAAUUAUGUAAUUUGACAAACAGUAAUUCAUACAAUUGUACAGAUAACAUUUGAUCGCGGCUUAUAGUCUUUAUUAAAUUAAUUAAGGGAUGUUUGGGAGUUUAUAAGAAUUUCUCCAUUUUUAGUUUGUAA